GAGGGAGGUGGCGCCGUUGUCCUGCCCCGGCCUCCGUCUGCCCUCAGAUUUGGCCGCCUUCGUCCUUGCGGGCCCGGCCUACCUUACAGCACUGAGCUCCUGGAGAGCCCGAGGCAGGCCUCAAGAUGGAACAUAAUCAAGAAAAUACGGAAAGAUUAAGAAUCAAUGAAAUCAUAGCCAGAAAAGUGGAACAACUUCCAGAAUCAGAUCAGAAUUUACUUAUGGCUGGACCAGCUUAUGUUGGACUAAACGCAGCUUUUUGUGGCCUAAUAGCAAACAGUUUUUUCCGGCGCAUCUUAAAUGUGACACGUGCUCGCAUAGCAUCAGCUUUACCAAUGGCUGUUCUCCCAUUUUUGUCAGCCUACCUAACUUACGAUAGUGCUGUAAGUUUACCUUUGAGUUCAGGUGAUCUAAGCUGUGAAGCCUGUACUGUUAUAAGAGGUGGAAUGGUUGGUCUCAUAAUCGGGGGUCUCUACCCUGUUGUUUUGGCUAUACCACUAAAUGGUGCUCUGGCAGCCAGGUACAACUCGGCUCCACUACCACAGAAAGGAAAUAUUUGGACCUACUGGAUCACAGUCUCUCGACCUGUCUUUAGAAAGAUGGUCUUUCCCAUAAUGCUGCAGACUAUGUUUGCAGCAUACCUUGGUUCUAAACAGUAUGAAGUACUCAUAAAAGCAUUUGAAUUACCUGAACCUGGCGUCCAGUUCCAGGAUAUUCAAAAUAAAUCAAGCGCACAGCUAAAAGGUUAAAAUUACGUAAAAAUAAGAUACUUAAUACCCAACAAAUAUACAAAUAAAAUUGUACUUAUUCCAAUUUUA